AUGACGACAAUGGGCGGGGGAUGGACGGCAAUUCAAAAACGAGUUACCGGACCCCUCAGUUUUGACAGGUACUGGACGGAAUAUAAAUAUGGUUUCGGUUUACCAGAACAAGAUGUCUGGGUUGGAAAUGACUUUAUCCAUCUGUUAACUAAAGAAAACAACUCAUCCCUGUAUGUGUCCAUCACUCUCCUGAAUGGUACAACGCUCUAUGAAAUGUACGACCGAUUCUCUGUGUCCGACGAAGCAGGGAAAUAUCAACUCUUUCUUGCAGGACCUGCCACGGGGACUUUAGGAAACAGCAUGAUAAGCUAUGAUCUGUCUGGGAUGUUCUUCUCCACCCCGGACAGAGAUAACGACGGGUCCCCUGGUAACUGUGCUGCUCACAGUUACAUUAGGGGAGGGUGGUGGUUUAACUGGUGUCAUUGGGCCUUCCUUAACGGUCAAUGGUCCCCGGAGUACUGGGAAAACCCAUGGUAUCCCACAGUACCGAAUGGGACGUCGGUGAAGGGAACCACCAUGAUGAUAAAGCGACAAUAGAUGAAAGCUCAUCCAUGGAUUAUGCAAACCC